ACCGGAUUGGAGCGCGCGCGCGCGCAGCGGCCAAUUGGCUUUUAAUCAAUGGAGCGAUUUGCGAGCGCACGCGAGCCGUUCCCGGUGCGCCGCCGUUAAACGGAGCAGCUCGUGAGGUUGUGUGGGCUGCAGCAGAGGACGCAGCUCCUCCAGCGCCUCCGUCCAGCCGCCCUCCCGCCGCAGCGCCCCGGGGAGACGCCUCCGGAUCCGGGGGAACCGGACAGUUGACCUGACAAGUUCUGCGGUGGAUCCUGGGAGCAGCCGAUUUGUACCAUGCCCGUGGCAACAUCCAGCUCCGACUCCGCCAUGCAUCAGGCCCUGGACACCCUGAGUGACAGUACAAGCUCCACAACAGCCAACGACCUGGACCUGAUCUUCCUCAAAGGCAUCAUGGAGAGCCCGGUGGCCCACGAGCGGCUGGAGGAGCCCAAGCUGGAGGCCGUGAGGGAGAACAACGUGGAGCUGGUCCAGGACCUGCUGAAGGAGCUCAGUCCGCUCACACACCGGAGCCAGGCGGCCGACGAGCUGGUCCGCAUCCUGAAGGAGCCGCACUUCCAGUCCCUCCUGGAGACCCACGACUCCGUGGCCUCCAAGAACUACGAGACUCCUCCUCCGAGCCCCUGCUCCUUCAUGGACGCCGCCCUCAACAGCCAGCCCGUCCCGCCGGACGCCGUCCGCAUGGUGGGCAUCCGCAAGGUGUCUGGGGAGCAUCUGGGGGUGACUUUCCGAGUGGAGAGCGGCGAGCUGGUGAUUGCCAGGAUCCUCCACGGCGGCAUGAUCGACCAGCAGGGCCUGCUCCACGUGGGCGACAUCAUCAAGGAGGUGAACGGCAAGGAGGUGGGCAACGACCCCAAGGUGCUCCAGGAGAUGCUGAAGGAGGCCAGCGGCAGCGUGGUGCUGAAGAUCCUGCCCAGCUACCAGGAGCCGCACACCCCGAGACAGGCCUUCGUGAAGUGCCACUUCGACUACGACCCCUCCCACGACAACCUGAUCCCCUGUAAGGAGGCGGGGCUUAGCUUCAGCAGCGGGGACAUACUCCAGAUCUUCAAUCAGGAGGAUCUGAACUGGUGGCAGGCCUGCCACAUCGAGGGGGGCAGCGCCGGCCUGAUUCCCAGCCAGCUCCUGGAGGAGAAGAGGAAAGCGUUUGUGAAGAGAGAUCUGGAGCUCGCUACCACAGGUCCGCUGUGUGCGGGGAUGGGGGGCAAGAAGAAAAAAAAGAUGAUGUAUCUGACCACCAAGAACGCAGAAUUUGACAGGCACGAGUUGAGGAUCUAUGAGGAGGUUGCCAAAGUGCCGCCCUUCAGGAGAAAGACGCUGGUUCUGAUCGGAGCCCAGGGGGUCGGCCGCCGCAGCCUGAAGAACAAGCUGCUGGUGUCGGAUCCUCAGCGUUACGGGACCACCAUCCCCUUCACCUCCAGGAAGCCGAAGGUGGACGAGAGGGACGGCCAGAUGUACUCCUUCAUGAGCCGCUGCGAGAUGGAGUGCGACAUCAAGAACGCUCGCUUCCUGGAGCACGGCGAGUACGACGGCAAUCUGUACGGCACCAAGAUCAACUCCAUACACGAGGUGAUCGAAACGGGCAAGAUCUGCAUCCUGGACGUCAACCCACAGGCCCUCAAAGUGUUGCGGACGUCUGAGUUCCUGCCCUACGUCGUGUUCAUCGAGGCCCCGGACUUUGAGGUCCUGAAGGCCAUGAAUCGGUCGGCCAUCGAGUCGGGAGUGGUCACCAAGCAGUUAACGGACUCGGAGCUGAAGAGGACGGUGGACGAGAGCGAGCGCAUCAAGAGGGCCUACGGACACUACUUCGACCUGUGCAUCGUCAACGACGGCCUGGAGGCGGCGUUCCGGGGCCUCCGGGCGGCGCUGGAGAAGCUGUCGUCGGAGCAGCAGUGGGUUCCCGUCAGCUGGGUGUUUUGAGACUCCGCCCACCGCUCGACCAGCCGGGCGCCGUGAGUGGCCGGACGCUGUGGGGCUGUGUCUCAGGUGGGUGCGGGUGGCGUCAUGUGACCAGCCUCAUGUAGAAGCUUUUUGUACAAACUUGGUGUUCCUCUGUCGAGCCUGACGUCACGCUGUAUUUAAUUUGUCCGGACCGGGGUAAUCUAUCGGUGUCUGUGGAGAAGGGUUUAGAUUUGAUCAUGAGGUUUAGUGCAAUAGUGUGAGUGAGUGCGUGUGUGCGUGUGUGUGUGUGUGUGUGUGUGUCAUCAUAGACGUGGAUCUAGAUUUAGAGCGAUGCAUCCGUUUUGCCAGUACAGUGGAGGGUUUUUCCGAGGACUUUUUAGCCUUUACCAAUCUUAAUACUUUCUGUAGUGUAAUGUUUACAUGGGCUCCGUAGGACAGGCUGGUGGAGGGAAGAAACCAAACGUCACAUUCGUAUCAGCUUCUCUCUACUUUAACCAUGUGGUCACGCUGUAUGACUGUACGUGUUCAGAAAUGUGCUUAAUCUUGUUCGUCUUUACAAAUUUGAAAAGGAAACAGCAAUAGAUAAUACUUUGAAAUCAACAUGCAAUACAUCUGUGGACACUCUCUCACACACACACACACACACACACUCACACACACAUACACACACAGACAUGAUGAUAAACACAGAAAAAGAGCAAGGGAAGUAGAAACUGGGACCUCUGUUUCUCAGUUUGCUUCAUUUCACCCGGUGUUGACUCCAUUGGCCAUGCCGCGUCCUGCGCUGGACGUCCAGCGUGUUUAUCCCAGCGUCUGACAAACCGUCUGCUUGAUUCUGUUGUGGAGUUGUAUUUGUAGCACCGAGAACACGAAAAACCCAAAUAAAAACAGAAGAGGAGCACGCCUGAAGAAGUAGCCGACAACGUGCACUGACUGUAUAGUGAAGGAAUUAGCAGGAAGAGUUCGACAGGCUGUGGAAGGUUUCUUCUCUCUUUAUUUAAUGUACAAAUAGUAAAAAAAAAAAAAAUAUUUAACAGUGGCUUCUUAUUCUUGCUUACUUUUGCCUUAACAUGGUUCAAUAGCCAAGGAGACA